UUUAAGUAAACAAGGGAAGCUGCGAAGAGAGAGCAAGAGAGACAGAGGUAGUUUUAAUAUGGUCCCACCUCGAAAAACAUUCAUUGUUGACUGAGAGAGUAGCUGGAGUUCUUGGAAAUUGUUGUGAAUCUCACGGGUUCUUCAAUGUUUCUUUGUUCUAUUGGAGAAAAUCACCAUUUUUGAACUACCUCUUCACUCGUGUAUAUCAUUUGUGUAUCAUGCUCUAAAACUCAAAGGUUGUUACGCAGCCACAAACUCCCAAUGCCACUGUUCUGGAUCCUUGUCACCGUCUUCCUCACUCUCCCUGCGCUUUCCCUCUCCGAUUCCUGUCCUCUCAACUUCGACCUCGUCCUUUCGAGCCCCUCAUCGGACUCCAAGACACGGUGUAUUUACAUGCGCCAAUCCCUUCGUAUUCUUCAAUCCGAUUACCUCCACCGCACCGGUCUCUUCCCUCCUUCCAACGCCUCCUUCUCCUGCUGGACCGCUCUCCAAAAUCACACCCACCAAUACGACAUUCGUUCCUCCUGCAACUUCCCUUCCUCUUCUUUUUCCCUCUCCUGCAACAACAUCACCAACCGAUCCCAAUUCGAGCACCUUUUGCCUCUCUCAGCUCUUGAACCCAUACGGAAUACUUGUAACCAUUCUCUCAACAGUUUCGCAUCUUGUGCUCUCUGCACCAAAGCUUUGUCCAACUUGGACUCCCAUCUCACGGACAAUUCCACUGAUUGCACGACUAUUGCUUCUAUCUAUGCUGCUUCCUUCUCCAAUCUGCAAGACCCCAGAACUGCUGGUUGUCUGUUCAACUUUGGUUUUCCUUCUUCAGUUUCAACUGGUAAGCGUCGAAACAUUCUUAUUGCGGCUUUUUGUGUUCUGGCCUUCUUCUUUGGUGUUUUUUGGGCUUACUUUAGAUUGAAGCAGAAGAAGAAGAAGAAGAAGAAGAAGGAUAUUUGUAAAACUGAGAUGGGUUUGGGUUCUGGGUUGGGUUCUAUGAACCAGACUACUACUUUGAUUAGGUUCACUUUUGAUGAGAUUAAAAAGGCUACUAGGAAUUUCGCCGGUGAUAACAUAAUUGGGAAGGGGGCUUAUGGGAAUGUUUACAGAGGGACGCUGGUUGAUGGGACUCAGGUUGCAUUGAAAAGGUUUAAGAAUUGUUCUGUUGCUGGGGAUCCUAGCUUCACUCAUGAAGUUGAGGUUAUUGCGAGCGUUAGGCAUGUGAACCUUGUUGGCUUAAGAGGGUAUUGUACUGCUACAACUAAUUUAGAGGGUCACCAGAGGAUUAUUGUCACUGAUUUGAUGGAGAAUGGGAGCGUUUAUGAUCAUUUAUUUGGUUCUGCUAAGCAGAAACUCAGUUGGCCAAUUCGUCAAAAGAUUGCUCUAGGCACUGCUAGGGGGUUGGCUUAUUUGCACUAUGGGGCCCAACCUUCCAUCAUCCAUAGGGAUAUUAAAGCUAGUAACAUACUUCUGGACCGCAAAUUUGAAGCCAAGGUAGCAGAUUUUGGGUUAGCGAAGUUCAAACCUGAGGGAAUGACCCAUAUGAGCACUAGAGUGGCUGGAACCAUGGGGUAUGUCGCACCUGAGUAUGCUUUGUAUGGACAGUUGACUGAGAGAAGUGAUGUGUUCAGUUUUGGGGUUGUGCUUCUUGAGCUUUUGAGUGGGAAAAGGGCUCUUGAAAUUGACACUGAUGGGCAACCCUCUGCAGUCACUGACUUUGCUUGGUCAUUGGUUAGGAAUGGUAGAGCUUUGGAUGUUAUUGAAGAUGGUAUGCCAGAACUUGGUCCAAUAGAAAUUCUUGAGAAGCAUGUAUUGGUUGCUAUACUAUGUUGUCAUCCUCAACUAUAUGCUAGGCCAACAAUGGACCAGGUUGUUAAAAUGCUAGAGACGGAGGAAUUAGUGUCCUCAUUCUCUUGUAUUGCUGGGAGGAUUGAUACUGAGAAAUCUGUGUAAUAAAUGGGGGUGGCAGAGCUUAUUCAACCAAAGCAAGACAUGGUAAAGUUUCUAUACCAUUGUACAUUACAAUUUUAGAUUUUAAUGAUACCACGUUUCAUUUGCCAAGAUCAAUCUGCUUCCUGUAUUGCCAAUCAGAACCUCAUCUUGUUAAUCUGAGUUGAUUUCUAGUGGCCAUUGAGACCUGGUUUGACUAACAGCAGUGACUAGUUUGGUCAAUCUUGGGAGCCUAACUCAGACUAAAUGGUGUGAUAGCAUUUUGUGGAAUAAUGGGAAAAAGGUGAAAUAAAAGCGUGUAGAAUAAUAAUAGAGGGGACUGUGUUCUAUUAUUCAUUACUGUUGUUUAGUAACAUUUUUCUUCACUGAAUUUGGAGGAAAGGGGGAUGAAUCAGAAAAAUUGAGUUCUUAGAAAGUUUUUGGACUUAAUCUUGUGGGAUCUAAAGUUGUCGGGUAUUUACUUCUGAACAAGUUUUAAAUCUAUCUUAAUUCAAUUAUUGCCUGUCAUUGAUUAUGACUUUAGCUUUUUUUUU